GGAAAAGGUUAAAUGUCGAAAAGAAUUGAUUGAAGUCAGGGAAAUUGAGAGACUUCCUAACAUUGUAGCCAGCAAUGAAUGAAUGAAUGAAUGAAUGAAUAAAUAAAUAAAUAAAUAAAUAAAUAAAUAAAUAAAUAAAAAUUCAUAGAGCCUCAAUCUUCAAGUGAAAUAAACAAUUAAAAUGUUCAGUUUCAAGACAGUAGCUGCCCAGUUCAAUGCCAUGAAAUAUGGCCACAUAUUGCCGUGUCAUAAAUAGGCUUUGACUUGAUUAACUUUAAUAGGUCAAAAAAUGAGUUUGAUAUGAUCAGCAGAUUGUUUUGUUGCCUUUUGCUAAAUGCAUUUCAGCAUUUUCUGCUAUCCAAAUAGUAGUGAAAAACAGAAAUUGCUUUUAACAGAAAUUGCUUUUAUUUUAUUUUUUCCUUUAACCUAUUCAGUGAGUGAUGAUGCCUCUUUAUUCAGAACAAAAAUAUGUUUCAAUAAACAAUGCAAAAUCCUGAGAAAAUAUACCACCCUGGUGUUUACAAAUUGUUUGCCCGGACAACCACUUGCUGGCUCUGGGCAAUUGAAGUCUGACAACUGACGGCCCAAUGGACAACCAGCCAAAGCCAUCAAGAGGACUGGCAUUUUUUCUGCCAAAGUCCAAUUUCCGCUUUUCCUCUCACAGUAUCUGCACCUGCCCGUCUGGCUGAGAAUAGUUGUGGCAUUCAAUGUGAAUUUUUAUUUGUCAAUGAACGUGGGGGUGGAUGGGGUUAAGGACAACACUUAUACACUGAAAUGGUGUAAUAACAGAGGCCACUACAAGACGCUCAAAGCCUUGUGUAAAAAUGACGGCUAUUACCGAUCUGGCAAAGGAGUGGUAGUUGAUCUGAACUACACUCUGUCACAACCCAUGUACAAACGGAUGAAUGAUGUCUUUCUGGAAAUGUUUCGUACUGGAGGUUCGAGAAUAUCAAUCAAUGGGUGCUUAGCACGUUUUCAAGAGAACUUCAUCAAAGAAGAUGACCUGAUUUAUAACAGAACAAAGAAUAAAGAAAAAUACCUGCGUCUGGUGUACAUUAGAACAGAGCAAAGAAAAUUGCACAGGAAUUUGGAAAAGAAAAUCCUAAAGAGAAAGAAGCUGAUCUACAAUUCCGUCAGUGAUUCAAUCCGUGACACCAUGAUGCCAACAUAUGAAGAAUGCGCUGCUAUCCACGGAAAAGAUGCUUUAUUGAAGUUACAAGAGAAACUGGAAAGUGCAAUUGUGAAAUCAAAAAAUGGCAUGUUCCGUGAGUCCAUGAAGAAAAUUCUGGUUGAGUUCAGUGAUCUGCAGAAAUACCUUGUGACAGAAAUUAAGACACAGAUGACAACCUCCUUGAGGCUGGCUCUAAACCAGAUCCCAGAAGACCUCACUGGCCUUCCAGAUGUUUCAGAAGAAAUGGAGACAAUGAAGCGAAGCUGUGACUCUUUAGGCCUCAAGAUAUUUUAAGUCACCGAAAGCGGAUGACGGAUCCAGCUGAGAUCACCAUGGCAACCUGUCUCAUCCAAAUAAGGUUGCAAAAUUUCAUGAAUAUUCAGGGUGGAAACUUUCUGUGGGAAUUAAUGGGAAUAUAUGAGAAUUAACUAAAAUAAAUUAACAAUCCUUUGCAACCCUACACCCAAACAAUGAGGGUGCUGUGAAACGUAUUUUGUUAUUUUAAAAGUUACAGAUGACUAUUUUGUUUGUCAACGUGUGUACAGAUAUUCCCUGAAGAAUCACAACACCACUGGGCUUGACUAAUAAUUCAUUCAGCUUUAAAAACUAGACAAGAAUUUGAUAAAUCAACAGGGUUUUAUUUAAUACAUUUUAAUGACAGUUCAAUGUUGAAUACUGAAUUCUGACAUUUGAUCAGUUGAGAGAGAUUUGACAGUUUAACUGGCCCUCUUGAAAUCUUUUACUCCUAAGUCAAGCACAGUAUGUAUAGCUACAUAUAUAACCACAGCUAUGUAUUUUAGUGCCAAGUGCUUAUCUUGCUAGCUAGUUACCUACGGUAUGUUACCUACUUGAUUCUGAUAGCAAUUCUAAACAUAAUAAAUGACAGGUGCAGGGGGAGGGGGGAUGUGUGUGCUCUUUUAAUUCAUUCACUGCUUCGCUGUGCUACAAGGUCAGAAAUUUCCAUCUCUCAGUUUGGGGGAAAAGUGGUCUGAAAUGAACACACAGAACCAAUGCUGUUUGUGUUGAAUAACUACAGUCAAGUGAACUCAUCAGUUCAGUUCAGUAGAGUAAAGCAAAAAUGUUCCUUAAACAGUUUCAUAUUAAUUCAUAUACAUUUUUUCGUAAUUUUAAACAGAAAACUGAUUUUCUGCACUUAUUUUCAGUGGCGGCUUAAUGAAAGUAGUUUAAAAAAUAACUAUUUGUUUAGUUUGGUGUAUGACAAUUUAGGCUAAUCAUAAUAUUUCAGUGUGUGAUGACUUCUUUGUGUGGGAUUUGUAGUGGGAAACUGGGGCUCUUGGGGGUAUAACCAUAAUAUUGUGUGUUUACUUUUUCCAUUCAGUAAUGUUUUGCAUUAUGUAAUCAUGUCAAUAAUCAUCCAUAAAGUAGAAUGUACCCAGUAUAAGAAGGGAAUUAUUCUGUACUGUGCAUUUUGUUGUUUGCCAGAUGAAUCACUUCAAUUUUUAAAAUAGCGAAAUUGUUACUUGAAUUUAAGUCUGAUUCACUUAUAAUUUAGAGAAGCCAGGGCAUGUUGAAUGUACAAAGAAAGUUUGUUCUGGGACUGAGAGUAGGUGGGGAGGGAGACGCCUGAUGUCAAAAACAUAUCCAAUUCUCUUUGUGGCAAACCUGACCCAGUUAGGACAGGAGCCCAUGUUGCCUGGCCACAAGCUUGGGUUUCUUGGCAACAGGGAAUCUUUCCCUCUCCCAACUACUCUAAUCAAUCCCUUGGGCAAAGCUGUGUAACUUAUCUAUCUCAUGCACUGGUGUAAAGACUUCAUCCACACCAAGAAGUCUUUAGAAUCUUCACUGAAUGUUAUAGAACGGAUGUUGCUUCUCCCAACACUGUUAUUUCUUUUCCUUUUUUUCUGUCUUCUUUAAUAAAGUGUGCCUUUUCUCAGCUCA